AUGAAUUACUAUUUUAUAAAUAAAAACAAUACUAAAAUAAUAUUUCAGAUUAUAAUUAAUUAUAUAAAUUUAUCACAAUAUGAAUUAGCUAGAUCUUUGUUAUAUAAUUUGAUAACAUCUAAUUUAUUAAAUGAAAAUGAUUUCAAAAGAAAAAAAAGUAUAGCAGACAGAUCAAUAGAAGAAAAGUUUUAUUAUUUGAAGAAAACUUUGAAAUUUAUGAGAAAAUUUUUACCUUAUGGUUGUUCUCCAUUACAAAUUUUUUCAAAUGAAUUAUCUAGUGCUCAUUUUUUAUUCAAAAUAAUAAAUGAUUAUAAUCAUUUUGUUAAUCUUAUAUUUUGUAAUUUGAUAAAAUAUGAAACUUACUUGUGUAAGAGUUGCGAUUCUAAUAUAGUUUUAUCUAAAUCUAUUUAUAUCAAAAAUUAUAAAAAAAAAAAGAACUUCCAAAAAGGAAAAGAAAAAGAAAAGAAAAAAAUUAAUAAUAUAUUAAAUAAAUUUCAUUUCAUUUUAAAAAAAAAAUACAUAUCAAAAUACAUUAAAGAAAAAAUAUCAUUUGACAUUUUGUUAGUAACAAUAAUACUAUAUAAAGAUAUUUAUUCGUAUAUAUUUAAAAACACAAACUUUAAUUUUUUUUCUAUUGAAACUGUUCAGUUUUUAAGGAGAUUUUAUAAUUUAUUUCUAAAAACGAGAGAAUUAUUAAAAAAAAGAAAAUCAGAAAAUGUUUUAUCUGAAUAUGAAAAGGAUCUAAAUGAGAGAUGUAUUGUAAUUUCCUUAUUUAAUCUUAUAGUCCCUUAUAAUAAAAAAUGCAAUUACAAACAAAACAAUAAAAUAAUUAAUAAUAAAAUUAAUAAUAAAAAUUGUGUAGACAAAAUUACUAAAAAGAAUUUUUUACAAAAAAUAGAUAAAUUAAUUUUAGACAACUUGAUAACAUAUUAUGAAAAAGAAAAAAUUAUCAGUGAAGAUAAAAAAAAAAAAGAAAGAAAAAAUAAAGAAAGUAUAUCAAAAAAAGAGAAUGAAAUACAAAUAGAAAUAAAAAAAAAAAAAAAAAAAUUUCAAUUAAAAAAUUUCUUAAAUGUCAUAUAUGUGCAUCCAUUGUAUACAAUAAAUCAAAUGAUUAUAUUUAAUUACAUUAACACUUAUGAAGAGGAAGUUCAUUUAUUUUACGAGAAAAAUAUUUUCUCUUUGCUAUUUCGUGAAUUAUUUUAUUUAUUAUUUUUCUUUCCAUCUCUGACUAUACAAUUAUUCAAGGUAUUCUGUUUAAAUAGAAAAUUUUUUGAUAUUUUAUUAGAAUUAUUUUUAAUAAAUAAUAAAGAUAAUUUCUAUGAUAAAAAAUUAAAGGAAAGUGAAAAAACGAAAAUAACCAAAAUGCUAAAAAAUGAUGCUAUUCAUAUCAAUGUUAACAACAUAAAGCGUAGUAAUAAUAAUUAUAAUUAUAAUAAAAUAGGAAUUGCUAAUAAAAUCUCCGAAAGUAGAUGUAAUAAAAUAAUGAACAGCAGUUUUCAUACAACAAUAGAAUCAACUAAAAAUAGAGAAAAUUAUAUAAUAAAAAAAUCUUAUAUUAUAUUUUUACAAGCUUAUUAUUACGUAAUACAUAUUUAUGUUGAUGUUUUAAUAGAAAAAUUAAAAAGAAAUGAUUUAACUAAUUAUUAUAAUUUUAUAUAUCUAUUGAAAUUUAAUAAUUUAUUCAUUAAUAACAUUUUUUUGUUUUCUUUAUGUUCUACAACCAUACUUUUAUAUGAGGAAGAAAAAAGUAAAAAUGAUAAUCUAAAAAAGAAAUAUGUAAUAACAAAGAAUUCUUCUCCAUAUUCUUUAAGUUAUAACAAUAUAGAAAAUACGCUUUGUGAAGAAAAUAUUCAUUUAUUACAAUUAUUUAAAAUGCAAUUUGAUAUAUGCAAUAAAAUAAUAAAUAAAAUAUAUAAUUUUCUUAUAUUAUUAGUUUUUUAUUAUAAUAAUGAAAGUAAAAUCUUAUAUUUCAACGAUUAUAGUAACGAAAAUAAAGAAAUAAAUCAAGAAGGUGAAAGAUUUAUGAUUGUAUUAAAUGAUAUCGUUUUAUAUUUUUAUAUAAAUUACAAGCUCAUAGAAAAUAUUUUUUACUAUUAUUUUAAAAAAAUAAAUAAAAAGAGCACUAUGAUAAAUUACUACAACAAUAAAUGUAUCAUAUACGAAAUUUUUAUGUCUACUAAUACUUUUUACUGUGUUAAUAAUAAGAAAAUUCAUAAUAUUUUUCUUUAUUUGUUUAAUUACGUCGAUGAUUUAUAUAUAAAAUCAAUUAUAAAAAAUGAUGUGUACUCAGAUAUCCAGUUAAAAAAGAAUGAAGAUCUUUUAUUUUAUAUCAAUAUCUCUAGGAUAAAAAAAAUUCAUUUUUUAAACUAUUUAUUUAAUAUAUGUGAAGAACAAAUAGAUAAACAAAAUUUUCUUCAUUUAGAUGAAUUAUUAAAUAAUUUUAAAUGUCUAAAAAAUUUAAGUAUUAUAUAUUGUUUAGAAAAUAACGAAGAUGUAAAUAUUAAGCAAAAAUGUUUAUCUCAACUAAAAUCGAGUAAAGAGAAUAUUUAUUUAUAUAACUAUAUCAAAGAUAUAAAAGUAAAGUUAAAGAUUGCUUGUGCAAUUUAUGAUUUCUUUAAAAAAAAUGAGAAAAUAUCAAAAAAGUUAGAAAAUAAAUUGUCAAAAACAAUUAUAUAUUUAAAAUUAAAAACUUGUUCUAAUGCUUUUAUUUUAAGUGAAUUGAAUCUAUUACAAAAUUUAAAUUAUCGUUUCCUAGUUAAGUUGAAAAAUAAUAUAAGAAAUCCUAUAUACAAAAAUGAAGUAAAUAUUAACAAUAAUUUUAUAAUUUUUUAUUUAAUAAUUAAAAAUACUUAUUUACAAUUGAAAAGGAGUGAAAAAAUUGAAGAAAUUAAAAAAUAUUAUAAAUUGAUAACAUAUGGUGAAUGUAAAAUAAAAGUGUUGUUAUAUAUAUUUAUAUUAUUAUUUAGAUAUAUAGAAUAUGAAAAUGUAAAACCGAAAACAUUCAUAUAUCUAAUAGAAUUUUUGUAUUCAAAAUUGAAAGUUAUAAAGAAUGAAAAAUCCUUAUUUUUUUCAAAUUUAAAAAUUUUAUUAUUUCAAAUUGUUGAAGAUGUUCACAUUCGUUUGUGUAUUUUUUUUGAAAAGUAUCAUAGACAAAGGAAAUUAACAAAUAUUAAAGUUGAAUUCAAUAAAAAUGAAAAAGUUAAAAAGAAAUCAUACAUAAAAUAUAUUAAAAAAUGUUACAAAAAAAAAAUAUAUAAUUUAAAAUAUAUCAAUUAUCAUAAGAUUGAAAAUGAAAAGAAAGAUCGAGAACUAAAUGAUAGUUGUAUUAAAAAAUUAAAUGAAAAUAAAGGAUUCCUAAAAAAAGUUAAUAAAAAAAGAUUUAGUCAUUAUAAUAGCAUUAAUCAUUUUUUUUCAUCAAAUUUUUUACAUUUAAUGAAAAAUGUUUUACAAAAAAAAUUAGGUGUUACAUACUUAUGCAAUUAUAAAAAAGGAUUAUUCAAAAAAAAAAAAAAGUUAUAUAUUUAUUGUCUUUUAACAAAAUUUGAGAAAAAUUUUAGCAAGAAUAAUUUUUUUUGUUCUAAUGAAACUUUGUAUUUUGAUAAUUUAAAAAAUAAGAAUUUUGAAAAAUAUUUCUUUGAAUUGAUAUUUAGCGACCCCCAAGAAUAUAUAUAUAAAAAUAUAGAAGACAAAAAAAAAAAUGAACUAAAUAUUUUUAUAUGCAAUAGAUAUAAAAGUUAUUUUUCAAAAAAUUACAUUUAUAAUUUAUUAUUUUAUAUAGAAUUAAAUUCGUUAUUUAAGAAAAUGUAUGUGAGUAAUUCUAAUUUAUUCUUUAAAAAAAAAGGAAAUAAAAUUAAGUUUAAUAAUAAAAUGUUAAUAGAUUUUUUAAAUUAUAUCAUAUUCUAUUAUAAAAAAUACAAAAGGAACGAAUUAAAUCGUUAUAUUUUCGUGAACAGCGAAGAUAUAGAUUUUUUUUUACUGUACAAUUUUCUUAAUAUAUGUAUAUCGUAUUCAAAUAUGAUUGAAAAAGGAGUUACAUUAUUAAAAUUUCUAAAAAAUAAAAUAAUAAAAAUAAUAACAAAGAUAGAACUAAAGAAAAAAAAGAAAAGUAGUUCUUUUUUUAACUUCCUUUUGUAUUUUAUAAAUAGAUUACAUGUAUUGAUAAAUAUAAAAAAAAAAAAAAAUAAUAAUAAAGAUGAAAAGAAUAGAUAUUAUUUUGAUAUUACAAAAAAAAGUAACAGAAAAAAAAAUAAGAGUAUUUUAUUAAGUAGAUACUUAUUACUUAAAUCUAACUCUUUAAAGGUUCAAACUAAAUUAAUUGAAAAGUAUUUUAUUGAUUUAUAUAAAAAAAAAGAUUUUCUAAAAGAUAUGUUUUUUUUUUUUAAUAAUUUAAAAAGAAAAAAUAAUAAAUAUUUAAAUAUAACUUACAAUGAUAUGAAUACAUCAUUAGAGAAAUACUGUUUGCUCCUAUUAGAGAAUGAUGAUAGCUUAUAUAUAAAUUAUUUAUUUUAUUUUUUCAUAUAUUCUAAUAUUCUAAUAAAUAAUAUAUAUAAUUCAAUGACUGAUAAUAUAUCAGAAAUGGAUUUUUAUGAAUACAUUUUUACAAAGAACAAGGAAAAUUUAAAAAUAACCUUUGAACAGAGUAUCAAUUACAACUUAUUUUAUUUAUUCAGUAUUGAUAUAUAUAUUAUAAUUAAAUAUUUAAUGUUUGUUUGUAAUUCAUAUGAAAAUGUAAAAAAACUUUGUUCUUUAUUUUUUAUUCAUUAUCAUAGAAUUAUUGUUGAAAAUAUUCAAACGCAUUAUUUGCUAAAUAAUGAUAUGUUUUAUAAUGAAGAUUUACCCAUUUUAAAAAAUAUUUUUGUUGUUUCUUUUUUUGUAAAAAAUCCUAUAAAGGAAAUAAAAUAUAAUAUAGAUUUUAAAAAUAUUUAUGAAAAUAAAAAGAUUAUUGAACAAUUUUUAACUAGUAAUUUCUUAUUUUUAUUGAAAGAUAGUCAUGUCUUAAAAAAAUUAAAAGAAAGAAUUCUAACAAGAACAAAGAAAAGAAAAAUAUGCAAUUUAAAUUUUUUGUAUAAUUAUUAUAUUGAAUUUCUUAUUAGUAAAUGCUGCAAAACAUAUGAUGAUUUUUAUAAUGAAAAAAAUAAUACUACAGGGAAAAAUGGAAAAAAUGAAAAUAAGAUCAAUACAUAUACAUUUGAAGAAAAUAAAAAUGAUGUAUAUAAAGAUGAUUAUACAGAAGGUACAAGAGAUACAGAAAAGAAAGAUAAAUUAAUGAACAUUUUUAUAUGUUUAGAAAAAUGUGAUUAUUAUUUUCCUUUUAUAUUUAAUAUUUUAUAUCCUUUUUAUUUUUCAAAAAAAUACAAAUACUUGAACAAGUUUAUAAAAGAAAGAUAUAACUAUAUAAAUAAAGUUUAUAAAAUUUUCAAAAAUGAAAAAAAGAAAGAUGACAGUAUAUUAGAAAUAAAAAAUGAGUCUAUUCAAGGUGUGUAUUUUUUAAAAUAUUAUGAUUUAUUAAAUUUAAAUAAUUAUACUAAAUGCAUUUUAUAUACUACUAUAUAUGAUAAUCAACAUAAUAUUGAUUGCAUAUAUAUUUAUCAAAUUUUAAAAGAGAAAAAAAAUAUUGAAAAUAUUAUUAAUAUCAUAGAAUCUAAACUAAACAAUUUUUACUUCACAUAUUUAGCUAUAAAUAAAAAUGAAAUUUUUGAAUAUAAGUUAAAAGCAAAUAAACUAUAUGAAUAUACUUUAAAUGAUAAUCUAGAAUUAUCUUUUCAAUUAAAAAUUAUUAUUAAUAUAGUUAUGAAAGACAAUAUAUUGAAUAAAUUAUGUUUUAGUCAAGUUAAACUUCUAUUAGAGUCAUGCUACAAAAAAAAAGAAAAAUUUUUAAAAAAGAAAGAAAAUCAUAAAUUUUUCAAUUGUAAUAACAUAAAUUAUGAUGAAAUAAAUUGCUAUAAUUUCGAAACUUUACCAGAUAGUUUUUUCAAUAAUAUAAUAAAAUUAAAUAUAUAUUAUGAAAUUUUUAAAGUAAUUAAAGAAGUUAGGAAAAAUCUCAAAGAAACAAAGAAAAAAUACUGUUGGACAAAUCACUACAAAAUAAUUUUAAAGAAAAAUGAAAGUAAUGAUGAAGUUUUAGAUUUCAUUAUAAAAAAUAAGUUAUUUAAAUAUUAUUUUUUUUAUUUAAAAUUUAAAAAUUGUAUUAAUAAUCCUAAAAAUUUAAUAAAAUGCAACAGCACUUAUGUUCUCUACUUAUGGAAUAGCAAUAAUUUGAAAAAAAAAAAAAAAAUUAUUAUGUUUUUAAAUAGUUUAAAAAAAAUCGAAAUUAGAAAAAUAUUAAGUAGUAUUUAUUAUAAAAGUUGUUAUAAUGAUAUUUAUCUAUUUUAUUAUUUUAUAUUGCAAUACUUUAAAUACCCAUAUAUAAGGAAAUUUUACUUGUUAUCAUUAAUUUAUAAACAUUUAGGCAUUGACAUUGUUAAAAUAAAGUAUAAAAACAUAAUUUUUUUACUUUUAAAAUAUAACAAAAUAAAUUUAAUAAAAUACAUUCUAAAAUAUAAUUUAUUUCAAACUAAUAUAUCUACAUUUUAUUAUUAUGCUUUUUUAUAUAUUCAUAUUGAUAUAAAAAAACAAAACGAAAAUAGAAUACUCACAGAAAAAUGUAAUAAUAAAAAAUAUGAUAAAAUACCAAUGCCCUAUAAUUUAUUAAAAUGUAUAUCAAUUUUGCAAUUAGGUAUUCUUAUUAGAUAUACAAAUUUUCAAUUUAUUUAUUCUACCUUUUUAUUUAUUUUACAAUCUAUAUAUGACAGAAUUUGUGAAAAUAUAAGGAAAUGUAUUAAUUCAAAAGAAAAUGUUAGCAUAAAAAAAAAAAAAGAUAAAAUUAUAAAAAUAAGAAGAAUUAAUGAAUUAAAUAUAAAUACAAAAAAAGAAAUAGAAAAUGUAAAAAUUAAAAAAAAAUAUAGUCUAUUUCAUAAUUUUCAUAAAUAUUAUAGAAAGAAUAAAAACAGAAGCAUUUAUAUAAGGAAAUAUUGUAUAGUUAAUAAUGAGGACGAUGAAAACGUUAUAAAUGAUGAAAAAAAAAUUAAUAUUAAUAAUUCUAAUAAAAUUAACGUAAAUGAUAAUAAAGAUAGCAGUAAAUACAACAUUAGUACUAAUAUAUUAAUUUAUACAUUUUAUAAAAUUUGUUUUUUUUUUUAUGAAAACUUUAAAGAGUUAAAAAAUUCAAGUAACUUAUUAUGCACAUUAUUACCAUUAUUAAUAUAUGUUAGAAUUUCCUUAAAUUAUCAAAUAAGUAUCAAGUCAAUUAUUAAAUUAAAUAUAAAAGAGUUAGUAGAUUUCCUAAAAGUAAAAAAUUAUAAUAUAUGUAAUAAUUUAAUUCAUAGAAUAUUUUCAUGUAGUUAUUACAAUAUGAAUUCAUUCGAUGCAAUAAACGAACCUUGCUUAUUCUAUUCUUUGUUUAAUAAAAAUAAGAAAACUAAAAAUUAUAAAGUUAUAAAAAAUAUAAUAUCUUUACUAUUAUACAAAAGUACAUUUACUAAAAGUAUAAGUAAUAAUAUGCAAUUAAAAAAUUUAGAAAAAAUCAAUAAUUUUUAUAUAUAUAAUUACGAUAAUAAAACGUACAUUUAUAGAAGAUUUAUUGAUACAAAUAAAAUUAUAUAUGAUGAAUUAAAAGAAGAAAAAGAGAAAAAAUAUUUAAAUAAUUUAUUUUUUGAAAAUAAUGAAUGGGUGUAUGGAAAAGAGGAAGAAAAAAAUACAAUAAAUAACGUAAAAUAUUUAGUUAGAGUGUGUAAAAGGUUUAAAAUAAUAAGUAAACAAGAAAUAUUAAAUAAAAUUCAAAAUAUACGUUUUAAUAUAAUAGUAUUUUACUGUGAGCUUUUAAAUAAAAAUAAAUUGUCAUUGUAUGCAGUAUUUAAUUUGUUUUUCUCUUUUUUUUUUAACUUUCAUUAUUGUAAUAAUAUUUAUAAAAAUUAUAAAAAUAUAUUCUCAUAUUUUAAUAGUUUUUAUGUAUUACAAAAAAUAAAAAGCUGUGAAAAAAUAAAUAACAUAAAUGUAGAAGAAAUAGAAAUAUUUAAAAAAAUAAGAAGAGAAAAUUGUUCUAAAAUGAAUUCUUAUUGUGGUCCAAAUAAAAAUGAGUUUUUACAUAAUUGUGAUAUGAAAUAUAAAAUAAUUAUUCAAACGAAGAAUUAUAAUUAUCAUUCGUAUUUUAUUUUAAAAAACAACAUUCUUAGUAAAAUUAAAAAAAAUAGCCUAUUUUAUAAAAGAAAAAUCAACUAUAUUUAUAAUUUGCUAAAUUGUAAUAAUUUAUUACACACUCAUAAUUUUUUAAAUAGACAUAAUGAUUUACUUUAUGGAAAAAUUAUAAAAAAUAAGUUAAAUGAUGAUAUAUACGAAGGUUCAUCAAAUAUUUAUUCAGUUUUCUCUUCUAUUUUUGUUAAAAAGCAUAUUAUAAACAACAUAACUUUUUCUUAUUUUUACAACUAUUAUAAUAAUAUCCAUUUCACAAAUUUAGAUGAAAAAUUAGAAAAAAUAAAUACACUUACACAGAAAAAAUUAUUUAUGUAUUUAAUAAAUUUGAUAAAAAAUCCAUAUGUGAUGGAAAAAAAACUAAAAUAUGAGAAGAAAAAAUGCUUCCUUUUUUUUGAUAGCUCUAAAUGUUCGAUAUACGAAAAAAAAUAUAAAGAAACAAAAAAUGCUAAUAGCAAAAUAAAGAAAAAAGAUAUUUGUGAGUCUGAAAAUACGCCACAUAAUUUAAUAAAUUACAAAAAAUUAUUUACUAAAAAAACGACUUUUAUAUAUUCUAAUUAUAUAAAACAAAAAAGAAUAAUUAAUAUUAUUGAUACAUUUAAGAAAAAAUUGGAAAAUUUUCAGAGCCAUAUAAAGCUAUUACAUAAUAAUUCAUUAGAAAAAAGAAUUUUUGAAUUUUUUAUUUCUAUAGAAUUGAUUAAUUAUUAUGAAUAUUUUUUUUAUGAUAUAAAUAAUUAUUCUUAUCCGUUAUGUUACAAAUAUGGUAGUAACAAUCCAUAUGUUUUAUCAGAAUAUUUUAAAGAAAAUGUUAAUGAAAUAUAUGCCAAUACUGCAUAUUUAGAAAAUAAAAAAAUAAUUAACAUAAGAAAUUUAAAUAAAACUCGCAUAUUUCUUUUUUUAAUAUCAUUAUUAUUACCACAUUCUACGAAGCACAUUAAAUUGAGAAAUUAUAAUAAUUCAAAAUUUGAUAACUACUUAAAUGUUUCAAAAAAUUAUUUCUCAUUGACCAAUUUAAUAAAUGUCUAUGCAAAAUACGAUUUACAUAAUAAAUGUUUCAAAUUAAUUACUCAAAAUGAUAUAGGAUCUCUUUAUUUCACUUAUAUAAUUAAAAGGGCAUAUAAAUACAAUUAUAUUUAUAAAAUAUUUCAAAAAAUAUCUUAUUUAAAAAAUUACAUUUUUCAUCAUGAAAUGAAAUGUUAUUUACUUAAAAAAAAAAAGUAUUAUUUGCUCUCUAAUUAUUUAAUUUUUUCUAAUGAUUACUUAAAUGCAGCUAUUGUAUGUAUAUAUAACUAUUCUAUAUCUCAAAAUAUUGAUAUGAAAUAUGGUUAUUUAAAUAAUGCCUUGAUAAACUUUACGAUGAUUAUUAAAAAUCUAGAAAUUUCAAAAAAAAAAAAUGUGAAUAAUUCUAAAAAUAGUGAUAUGAAAGUUUCUUAUGAUAAUUUCAUACUUCUUAAUAAUAAAAGAAAAAAUAAAAGUAAGAAUAAAAGAUUAUAUUACCUGAGUAACUUUAAUACUCUAUUUGAAGAAUUGCAAAAAAAUAAAAACCAACUUAUUUCCACUGAAACAAUAUUAAGAUGUAUAGAUUUAAUAACUUUACAGUAUAAUUUAUUAAAUAUAAAUAUAUGCACUCCUAUUAAUAUAAUUAAUUGUAAAAAAAUUGAUAUUAAUUUUUGUAUCAAUGUAUUAAUUUUUAAAAGAAUUUACAACUUAGCAGAUAAUGUAAUAAAUAUUUUCAAAUGGAAUUAUAUUUUUACUUACUGUUUGUCAUCUCUCUUUUGCCUACUAAUAAAUAAAAAUUUAAAUUUUCUACAUGACAUUAUAUUUUAUAUUAAGAUAAAAUUAAAUAAUUAUGACAUUAACAUUUUUAUUUUACACGUAGUUUAUCUAUAUAUAGAAUACAAAAAUAAAUUAAAACAAAUGUAUGAGCAUAUUGAAGAAAUAUAUAAUAAGAAAGGAGUUCUUUAUUUAAAAAAAGGAAAUAUUAAUAAAGUAAAACACAGCUUAAAAGAAGAAGCUAUCAAUGAAGAAAAAAAUAAAUUAAAAGAAGAAGCUAUUAAUGAUGAAAAAAAUAAAUUAAAAGAAGAAAAUGAUAAUGAAUUUAACUUGGAUGAUGUUAAUAAUAUAUUAACAUACAUUAAUGAUAAUGAUAUUUUAUUUUAUUCUCAUACUUUAAUUUAUAUUCAUGAUAAAAAUGAAUAUAAAAAUUUAUAUAAAAAUAUGAAAAGUCUACUAUUUACCAAUAUAAAUAAAAUUGAUAUUUAUAAAACUAUAAUGUGCACUCAUAAAUACACAAGUAAGAAUAAAAAAAUUAAUUACAAUUUUAUUUAUGAUAAUAAAUCCUAUUUUAAAAAGAUAAAAAGAAAUUCUUUUAGUAUUAAACUUUCUAAAAAUAUAUAUGAAGAUUAUCACUUUUCUAAAGUAAUAUCACUGGCUAGAAAAUAUCCUGAUAAUAUUAAAAAAAAUAUAAUAAGUGAAAUUAUAGCAAUUUAUAAUUUACAUUUUUCAAAAAAAUAA